UAUUUCCGUGUGCUGCUCCAAGAGCUAUUUACAUUGAAAACCUACAACAGCUCUUCAAUUGUUAUCAAAUGCUUAGUGCAGUUGGAGUGUUCCAAAGGGAUCGCAUUGAUCUAAUGACUUUUGAUGUCUAUAAGGUGUUAAUGUUCAGUCAUUUCAUUGGAUCAUGCGAUCCCUUAGGAAUUUUCCAGCAUACAGCUCUAAAUUUUCACCACCCUUCAAAGAAUAUGUACGUUCUCAUCGACAGCUUUGGCCGUCGGCAAUCAGUUGAUUCAGUUUCUAUGCAACAAAUGGAUAAGUUUGCUUCCCUUCUUCCAGUCAAUGUGAAAGUAUUUCACACACCAGCAAUUAAGGUCCUUAUCUUUCAAUUGCAGUAUAUAGUUUAUUUCUCAAGGGAAAUUAUGAAUGUCAACUGUUAAGUUCUCCAUGUUAAGCUUGUAUAUUUGACAGAAA